AUUUUCACUUUGAACGACUCGACAGUCAGGAGUGAGCGUACAACGGUCGUUAGUGCAGCGUACGGUGGUUUGGCUGUUCUCCGUCUUGCUUUCUUCACCAUCAACGGUUAUGCAUUCGGUGUUGCAGGAGGAAAGCUAACAACUCGGUGUCGACAACUUCUCUUUGAGACAUUUCUCAAGCAGGAAGUGGGUUGGUUCGACAAGGCAGAAAAUCAACCAGGUGCAUUGACGGGUCGGCUUGCGGCAGACGUUCCGACUCUGCAGAAUCUGACUGGACGUCGACUGGCCUCCCUCCUUGAGACCUUCGUUCUCAUAGUCACUUCGGUGCUUAUUGCGUUCAUUUACAGUUGGCAGAUCGCUCUUCUCUCUCUCGCCUACUUCCCAGUUCUGGUUUUGGCGGGCAUGUUUGAGAUGCAAAGUUGGAGUGCGGAGGUGACGCGGAAAGGUGUCAAGGGAGCUGCGUUGGCUCAGGAAGUAUUCUCAGCAUCGAAGACAGUCUCAGCUCUACAGGCGGAGGACCACUUCAACAAGAAAUAUGAUAGUCAGGCACUGUUGUCAGAGAAAAAAAUACUGAAGGGUGUGGCGCGUUACGCUCUAGUCAAUGGUAUCGCGAACUCACUUAUGAGUUUUGAAUUCUCUGGUGUUUUCUACUUGGGAGGCUACUUGCUUGAGAAAGGCGACAUCAAUCUUCUUCAACUUUUGCGAUCAUACUCAGCCAUAAGUUUCGCUGCUUCCAAUCUCGGUUACGCGGCCUCGUUUGCCCCGGAUGCAAAGAAGGCUUCAGUAGCAUCCAAGGCGAUUUUCGAGGUUCUUCAUCGACAUCCGCACUUGGCACCAGAUGAAGGAGAUUUCCCUGAUCUGGACAAACACGCAUUGUCAGGAAAAAUUGCUUUCAAAAGCCUCAAAUUCAGGUAUCCAACAAGGAAACAGGUUCCUGUUUUAAAGGUGAAUUCACAUUUUGUUCAUGGAGGUUUCACAUUCACUGUGCCAGCCGGCAAGUCCGUUGCUCUGGUUGGCCAAUCAGGAUGUGGGAAGUCAACAGUUCUUCAGCUGAUUCAACGCUUCUAUGACCCCUCCAAUUCUCACAACGCGAUGGACGAAGGCAUCUUCCUCGACAGUAGGAAUAUUCGGGAUGUGGCGCCUAAUUGGAUUCGUCGACAAUUUGGUGUGGUGUCACAGGAACCAAAUCUCCUAGAUCUCACAAUCAGGGAGAAUAUUGCCUAUGGUUUGAAUUACCUUCAAGAGGAGGACAAUGCUUCGGAGAUCUCGAUGGAGAGAAUAAUUGAGGCGGCGAGGUUGGCGAAUGCUCACAACUUCAUCUCGGAACUUCCAGAGGGUUAUGAGACUCGUGUGGGCCCACGAGGAUCUAGACUUUCUGGGGGACAGAAGCAGAGGAUAGCAAUCGCAAGGGCCCUGGUGCGUAAGCCACGUCUACUGCUGUUGGAUGAGGCGACGGCAGCAUUGGAUGCCGAGAGUGAACGCAUUGUUCAAGCUGCUCUGGAGGAAGCGAUGAAGAAGUCGGAAGGUGGUGCUAGGAGGACGUGUCUAGUGGUGGCGCAUCGUUUGAGCACGGUGGAGAACUGUGACCUAGUUGUGGUGUUGGACAAAGGUCGAGCUGUGGAAUGGGGCUCACCGGCUGCUUUGCUAGAAGCUAAAGGAGCCUACUAUGCUCUUCAUAAUGCUGUUUGA